CUUCGUCGAAAGUAUAGCUUAAUCCUUAGCUAAAUUAAUCUAAGGGUGGUAAUAAGAUAAAGAAUUAAUUCAAUGAUUAUUUGAUAUAAUACGAAGCUAUAAAAAAGCUACGAAUUGGGAUCAAUAGUUAUUCAUAGAAUCACUCUUCUUGAUUUAGAUUGACGUUAUAAAAGACCGAGGAACUUGUCAACGUUCAAAAUAAUCCAUUUGUAAUGAUUGAAUAAGUCCAAUAUGACUGAAUCUCGCCUUAGUUCACAUCGAAGCAGCGUUGUUUCAAACAAAUCAGCGAUUCUAAAUGUGUCCUGAUUUCGAUGGUUAAUAUUCAUUCUUGGAACCAUCGCUAAUUUUGCAAAUGGUGUUAGCGGAUCAAGUUUAAGUUUAACAAUCGUUGUCAUGAUUGAAAAAGAUCCGACCAACUCAACACAAAUCUUUGACGCAAAUGUUACAUCAACAGUCAAAAUCGAACCAACGUCAACGGGUAAAAUUCAUGUCGAUUGGACAAGUGUGGAUAAAGAUCGUAUGCUUCAAGCAGGUUUCUGGGGAAUUUUAGCAAUAUCAGUAUUUAGUGGUCGUAUUUGUGAACUAUUUGGUCCAAGGAGAGUUGUGUCCUUAGCUUUAGCAUUCGUAGGACUAACCAACAUGCUAUUUCCUUUAAUAGCACAGCACAGUUUUCUUGGAGCUUACCUGAUUAAAAUUGUCCAAGGAAUGUGUGCUGGUCUAGUGUCACCUUCACUCUUUGUGAUGAUCUCUCGAUGGUCCACUUCAAGUGAAAGGACUUUGUCAAAUUCAGUGGUAAUAGCUGGUGCUACGAUUGGUAACCUUGUUUGCCUCCCGCUUGCCGGUGUUUUGGUUAGUUCCAGUUUCCUUGGUGGUUGGCCUUCAGUCUUUUACCUCUUUGGUGGAUUUAAUUUGAUCUUUGCUGUCGUUUGGUAUAUCAUUGUUUAUGACACUCCCGAGGAGCAUCCAUAUUUAAGUGCUGAAGAACUUGAAGAAAUACUUGCCAAUCGUUCGCUUAAAUCGGGAAAUACAAUUGAAGUGCCUUGGCGAAAAAUGUUAACAUCAUUACCGGUAAUAGCCAACCUGACUCCUACCUUUACUUAUGGUUGGGUAGUUGCAACUUUUUCCUCUCAGAUUCCUUCGUUUUACGAAGAGGUUCUCAAUUUCUCACACACAGCGAAUGGUUUUCUGUCAAGUCUUACCUGGUUGUUAUCGACGCUAUUUCCAAUAGCUGGAAGUUCAGUUGCUGAUAAAUUGCGCCAAACUAAUCGCUUCUCUACAGCGAUAAUAAGGAAGUCUUUUACAGUACUUGGUUUAGGUUCAUUAUCUUGUAGAUUGUUUGCAAUAACUCUUCUUGGUAAGAGACGAGUGGUUGUUGUACUAACCUUGUCAAUUGCCAAAGGAAUGGGAAGUUUAGUUAUGCUGGCGCUGGUGCAAAUCAUCUCGACAUAGCACCGUCAUUUGCUGGGACUUUGGGUGGAUUCGGAUCAGUUUUAUACAG